CCCUCCGGUUCCGGGUCGCGUGGCUGAAGAUGGCGGCGCCCAUGGAGCUGUUCUGCUGGGCGGGGGGUUGGGGGCUGCCCUCGGUGGACCCGGAUUGUCUGGCCGUGCUGACCUACGCGCGGUUCACCGGAGCGCCGCUCAAAGUGCACCGGGUCUGCAACCCCUGGAAGAGCCCGUCCGGUCACCUGCCCGCAUUGAAGACCAGCGAUGGGGGAAUCAUCUCCAAUGUAGAGCAGAUCAUCGCCCACCUCAAGAAGCAGAGCCGUGCCGUGCAGCUCCCAGCCCUGCACUGCGCUGACACGCUGGCGUUUAUGGCGCUGCUGGAGGAGAAACUGCUGCCCGUGGUGGUGAGUGGGAUAUGGGACAUAUAGGGGAUGGAUAUGGGA